GAAAUUUGUACCCUAGCCUGUUUGGCUGCAGCCGCUGGGUGGCUAACGGCAGCCGCCGGCGCCAGCCGGCGCAGCCAUGGUGGCGGCCUGGCAGUCUCUUCUGCCACAGAGUUCCAGCUUCUGGGCCGUCCAAUGCGCUCCUGGCUUCACCUGCGCCUCCAAAUUGACCAGCUUCCCUCUAGGCCAUGAUGGUGUUUAUCACCAGGAGCAUGGCGUGAAGUCGAUGGAGCCUUCGGACCCCGAUCGCUUCAGAAAUUGGUUGCAGACCUAUGAGGUGGGUUGUCCCGCCCGUGGGAAGAUCACGCCGGCCGGAAAGUGUAAGGACAACGGCGACCCAGCGGAAGAGCAAGGAUUCUGCUACUCGGCGCAAGGCUUUGAGGCUGGUCCUGGCAUGCCUUGCCAGGAACCUGAGGAUUGCCUGUGUGUCAAGGCCGCCACGCCCAAUGGCAAGCUGUCGCUCUCGCAUCGGCAUCUCGAGAACGAGGAGGGCCAGGAGCUGCAGGAGGGCACGUACCAAGUCCAAGAGGUCUCCAAAUGUGGGACAUGCGAAGAUUUGAGCUUUGAUCGGAGCCAUUGUGAGGAGUGUGAGAACUGUGUCUUCAAAACGAAGAUGCUCGAAGGAGAAUUGGUGGAGGGCUGCUGGGCCAAAGAUGGCGGCAGCAUGCGCCGGAGACAGCUACGAGGUGAGGCCGACCGGAUCUUCCUCCACGGCCUGCCAGUGCAAAGGAAGGAUCUGACGGUGGUGCCGCACUACAAGAUGUGGGACCCCGAGGAGGCCUUCGAUCCCACCGGCGACGAGGACAGCCCAGAGGUGGAGGAUCAACUGGCCCUGGCGCCGCUCCAAGGAACUCGCAUGCCCUAUCAGUCUCGAAGGGAACCCUUGUCCCGUGACUCGUGGGUGGCUCUUUACAAAGAUGUGGCCCCACGGGUGCAGAAGGCCAUGGACCAAGUGGUCAAAGAAACCAUCGACGCUGGCACCAAGGCUUCCAGUAUCCGUUGUGAGGACAAGCUGGGCAAAGUACUUGGUGAAGACAUCCCAGGGAAGAUCGAGAAGGCCGCUGCCAUGAAGAACGCUUGUUUGCAAAUGCAGGAGAUCGCCAACCGGAUCGCCAUCAAGCAGGAUGCGGGAUUUCCGCACGUGGACGGUAUCAAGUGCACCAUGAACGACAGCGUGUCGGAGCCCGGGGAGUGUGACUAUCUGAAUUGCUAUACCAAUGAUGCAAGGUUCCGAGAGGCCAUCAAGUCCUUGAAGAAGCGGAACGACCGAUGCUAUGAUGAAUGGGAGGCGAAGGUGAACCAGCAGACCAAUCGCUGCGCCCAGGAGCCGCCUGCAUCCACACCCCCCGCGCCUGCGGCAGCAUCAGCCGCUGGUGCAGCAGCAGUCAAAGCCAAGGAGCAGCCGGCACCGGCUGCACCAACUGAACCGUCUGCGCCGGCUGUACCGGCCGCGGCACCAGCUUUGCAGGCCAAAGAAGGCGGCAUUGGUGCAGCCCUGAUGACUGAAGGGCCCGCUGACGUGCCGGUGUCCUCGGCGAGAUCGAGAGUGGCGCGCCUGCGGUGCUUCCUCUGAGAAAAAGGCCGAACCGAAGACCGAACGCAUCGAAGGGAUGGGACGACUGAGCUCAUGGAGCUGAAAGGACCGGCUGUGACGGUCUUUGAAAGGAGCAGCGUCAUUAGUAAGUAAGUGCCUCUUCCCAAUUUCAAACUCAUGCAUUAUAGCUGCUUUCCUCAAAACAAC